CUUUGUGCUGGAACCAUGAGACUUGCCCUGCUGUGUGGACUGCUGCUGCUGGCUGGUAUGACUCCAACCCAGGGAGGGCUCCUGAACCUGAACAAGAUGAUCAACCGUGUGACCGGGAAGAUAGCCUUCUUCAACUACUGGCCCUAUGGCUGUCACUGUGGACUUGGUGGCAAAGGAGGACCCAAAGAUGCCACAGACUGGUGCUGUCACAAGCAUGAUUGCUGCUAUACCCACCUGAAGACUGACGGAUGCAGGAUCAUGACAGACAAUUACAAAUACAGCAUUUCCCAGGGCAUUAUCCAGUGCUCUGACAAAGGGAGCUGGUGCGAGAGGGAGCUGUGUGCUUGUGACAAGGAGGUGGCCUUGUGCCUGAAGCAAAACCUGAACAGCUACAACAAGCGCCUGCGUUACUACUGGCGGCCCCGCUGCACGGGCCACACUCCCACAUGCUAGGAGCCCACGGACUGUCCCCUGGAUGUCACCCUGUUCCAGGGCAUCUCAAGCACUGAAGUCCUGCAGGACCUGCUGUCUCCCGCCCCAGUGUCUAGUCUCCCAGACCAGCUGGCUUUUAAUGCCCUCCUUGCGAAAGGUUCUGGCCUUGAGGAAUUUCUCUCGGUGCUUCUCUGCUAUAAAGGACCUUAUUGAU